AUGGCGCCUCCUAAAUUUUCUAUUACGCCCGAGAAGGAGGCCAGCAGAUCGCAGUGGAUUCAUCGCCAACUGAUUGCCAAGACACCGCCCGUCGCCAAAGAUGUGAAUCUAUCUGGGCAAACAGCUAUUGUCACUGGCUCCAACACUGGGCUCGGCCUCGAGACAGCCCGCCAGCUCCUCUACUUGGGCCUGUCUAAGCUCAUUCUUGCUGUGCGCUCCGAGGAGAAGGGGAAAGCUGCCCGUGAAGAGCUGCUCGCUGAUAAAGAAGCCGGGUCAGGAGAGAUCGAAGUCUGGAAUCUGGACCUGGAGUCAUAUGAUUCAGUCAUCCAGUUUGCUGAUAGGGCAAAGGCGCUAGAUCGUUUAGACAUUGCCAUCUUGAAUGCAGGUCUAUUCCAGGCCAAAGAGACGUUUAUUGCAUCCACUGGUUACGAGAGAUGCGUCCAAGUCAACUAUCUCUCCAGCGUCCUUCUGAUGACCCUUUUACUAGGAGCCCUCAAGUCUAAGAAUGAAACUCGCCCUGGUCGCUUGGUUCUCGUAUCAUCCGAUACGGCAGCCUGGGCCAACUUCAAGGAACAGAAGUCGCGACCGAUUUUAGCUACCUUCAAAAACAAGGCGGAUAAGUGGGAUAUGCAAGAGCGUUACGGAGUAAGCAAGCUUCUUGGUCAAUUCUAUCUGACAGAGUUGGCCAAAAGAGUGCCGGCGUCUGUCGUCACAAUAGAUGCUGCCAAUCCGAGCUUCUGCUAUGGAACUGCUCUGACGCGAGAUGGAGAUGGCACCAUUGCGGGUUUACUCCUGAAUGGCUUCAGGCGUGUGGUUGGGAAACCAACUGCUGUCGGAGCUCUCUCGAUCGUUCAUGCUGCCGUCAGUUUUGGUGAGGAAGUACAUGGGCAGUACGCAGAAGACGGAGAGAUACGACCUAUGGCCCCAAUCAUCUACAAGCCGGAAGCUGAAGAGAUAGGCAAACAACUAUGGGAUGAGACUUUGGCUGAAUUAUCAUUUGCUCGUUUGGAAGAGUCCAUUCAAGAGCUCACAAGCUAG